GAUAAUUAUAGAAACAAGGUAUGCUAGAGAUGGCUGUACUUUUAAAUAAAAAGAAAUGGGUCCGGACAUGACGAAAAAGGCAAGAACUAAUUUCAAUAGAAAAAUUUUAAUGCUCGCUUAGGUAAACCGUGUUCCUUAUUAAUAAGUGGUGUCCUGAUUUAUCCAUGCGAGGUGCCCCUUUCGAAACUUCGCGUAAUAUGCAGAGCAAGCAGAAGGCGUGGUUGUCGUUUUCGGCCGACGCGCUGAUCAGGAAGUAUAAACUUUAAUGCUCGGCAAAUGCAAGCCCAAAGCAUGCAGAUCUAAACCGCCUGUUGCAAGUUGAAAUUUUUCCCGCAAUUUUUAUGACAUCGACGGCCGACCCUAGCAAGGUUAUUUUGUGGCUGCAACAACCACAUAACCAGAGUUUUUGGCACACCGAUUUACAGGUCCGACACACUCAGAAUGGCGUGGGUGUGUUCGCCACGCGGCCCAUCGAGCCUGGUACAGUGUUGCUCAGCGUUCCCAAAUCGUCUAUCUUAUCUGCACAAAAUUCGUGUAUAGCCAACCUUCUCUGCGACGCCCAAAUCUUCGGGAUGCACGCCUUAGUGAUUGCCUUUCUAUACGAGAAAAACGUUGGUGCCGCUAGUCCGUGGUCUGAUUACAUCAACUCCAUAAACCUUGCUGAUGCAGUGCUGCCACCCUGUAUGUGGGGCACGCGAGCCAAGUCUCUGUUGGCUGGCACGGAGGCUGAUCUCAUGGGCGUUCUGGACAAUACAGAGCUUGUUGCCCAUUAUGAGCUGGCCAGACGCUUUGCGGUUCAACAUGCGCCCAUGAUACCUGCACCUGCUGAGUUGGCCGACCUUUCCAAGUUUGCUGCCGUGGUUCUGGCCGUGGCGUCUCGAGCGUUUGAGAUCGACCAUUUCCAUCUUUCGGGCCUAGUUCCUGGCGCUGAUUUGUUCAACCACCACCCUGAUGGCCAGGGCUCUGUCCAUUUCGAGGCUCUUGCAGAGGUGUGUCCUGACUGUGGCAAGCUGGACUGUGGCCACGGCAGCGACGACUCUGGCGACUUUGAAGAUCCUCAAGCCACUGACUUGCUGUCAGACGCAGACAACACAGAUAAGGAUGAAAACUCCGAGUUAUGCGACAUUGUUACUCACACGAGCAUUGUGCCAGACACAGAAAUAUUCAACACCUACGGACCCUUAUCAAACGCCGAGCUGCUCGCAAGGUACGCCUUCUGUGUUGAAGAUAAUCCGUAUGACACCGUCUGUCUGGGAAAACAGGUGUCUGCACAUAGAAAACGGGUCAACCCUGCCAUCUCCAGGCGUCUCAGGUGGUGGUCGCGUCAGAGCGAGCAGCCGUGGCUUUUGGAAUGCUAUGUCAACGCCAAUGGCACGCCCUCACCGCAGCUGUGCUGUGUGGCCAAGCUCUUCACUGCCCCGGGCAAAAAGUUGUCGCGGUCGCGGCUCAAUAGACUAACCCCUUCUGCCAGACGACUCAUCCAGCAAUGGUGUGCGCAGAGAAAGUUGCCCGACGUGCCCAUCACGGUUCAAGACGCAACUAUCGCAGCCCAAAUCCGUUGUAUCAGAGAAAACGAGAACCGCAUCCUGGAUAAAUGCAUUGCCAAACUAAAGUAUUAA